AUGGCUUCUUCAGCGCCAGUAUUUCGUUCUACAAAGGAAACCACUAACUACGCAAGGCUGUGUCGUCUUCUGGUAGAUGUUGGGUCACAAGUCUUAAGACAGAAAUUUGACAGUAUUUAUCCGCCAGCUACCCUUAACAGUUAUUUGUCGAGUCCUGCAGGACAAACAGCCCUGAGGAAGCUUAAGGCGAGAAGAGUUUUGAAUCCUUCGCAAUGGGACAAAUUGUAUCCGCCCGUCAGCACAGUUUCAGUUUCAUCAAGGGACUUUGACAUCACCCUGCUAAUGGUUCUGUUGAGAAACAUCUGUGGUUUAACCACUCCAGCUUCAGGGUGGGACAAUCUUCCGCCUUCUACAGAUUUAACGCCCGAAGCUGAUAUUGCUCGUAUAAAGUGGUACAGAAAUACAGUGUAUGGUCAUGCCAGUCAAGCCUCAGUUGAUGAUGCCACCUUUGCAAGCUGUUGGACGGACAUUAAAGCUACUUUGGUUAGACUAGGAGGGGCGACAUAUGGACCUGCAAUCGACCUUCUCGAAAAUGCGGGUAUGGACCCUGUCAUUGAGGAACACUACAAAAACCUUCUGAAACAAUGGAAAGUGGAUGAACAUAUCAAAGAUGCGCUCAGUGAGAUGGUGGAGAAGCUGGAUGAACUGAAGGCGGCGUUGCCGCAGCCUGCAGAAAAGUCGACGCUGAGCGAAAACGGUAAGUUAUGACCAAAAUAUGACGCCAUUAAUACACUCCACAUUAAACUUAUCUAAUACUAUCGAUGCUUCAGAUUGAUAAUGUACAAUUAAUGUCAGGUCCUGAAGUACACCUCACCAGAGACAAAGAAUAAAGAACAAAUCAAAAGGUAAUCCACGAGAGUCUUGGAUUCUAGGGUGCGUUCCUUUGGAAUGAUGUGGAUCAGGAUCAUGUCAAAGGAACGGACCCCUAGAUUCCACGCUGUGGAUUACGGAUUUCAGGUACUGGAUUUCAAAUUCCUUCUUGCCAGCGGAACUUGGAUUCCGGAUUCCAAUCAUUAGCAGGAUUCCAGAUUCCUGGAGCUGAAUUCCGCAUUUCAAAGCCCAGGAUUGCGCAUUUCGCAAACAAAAAUUUCCAGGAUUUUGUAAUCCGGAUUACCUUACAUGGGGUGAGAGAGUAUCGUUAAAUCUUACUACAAAGCGACAUUAUGAGUAUUGAUAACGUUUACUGCAUUGGAAGCUGAUAAGAAGUGUUUGUGACUCAUUUAGCCGACUCAUUCUUAGCUCGAUAACAGUCGUAUCUGAAAACAGCCAAUGUGAUUGGCCUUGCGUACUUGUCAACUUUCUGCACUCAAUGUUACGAUUUUGCACAACAUUUGGAAUGAACUGUAAAGCAUCCCACCAAUCAGAUUGCAGAAAGGUUUGUAUCUAUGUUAGCUCACCAAGGAAUAUUUAAGGGCAAAAUAAUUCAUUUCAAUGACUCAUUUCACUUGCAUACAGAUCCAAUCUUCGUUCAAGAGUGUCAAAGGCAGCUGCGCUCCCACUAUAACACUACCAUGAGCCAGGUUAGAAUCACCCCUUGGGAGAAAGAUAGCAUUGUAAACAUCGAAGAAGUUUACACCAAAUUAUCCUGGUGGAGACAUGUAAAGAGACCCAACGGAACAACCAAUCAGGAAAUUAACGACUAUACCGAGGUAUUCAAAGGUUACGGACGUUCUACCAGCCCCAAAAGGAUACUUGUCUACGGAAGGACCGGUAUCGGAAAAUCGACCUUUUCUCAGAAAAUUGCCGUCGACUGGGCGAACGAAAAGGAAGAAGUCUUGAAACGGUUCGAUGUUUUACUUAUGGUAAGGUUGCGGAAUGCGUUGGAUGCCCAAGACAUGCCUUCUUUAAUAAAAGCUUCUGACCUUUUUACCGUUGAUGGAUCGAUUUCAGCUGAGAGCGUUUAUGAUUACGUUCGCGGCCACCAAGAAAGGGUGUUACUUGUAUUAGAUGGCUACGACGAGUACAGUGCGAAUGCGACAUUGAUUCGUGAGAUUUGG